UAAUCAAUAUGCAUAAUAAUCAUUCAAUACCUCAUUAUAAAACUGAACUUCUAAUGUUCUCCUCAGGUCAGUGAUACUGCUAAUUUCAUCAAAAGCAGUCUCCAGUAGGUUAUCUCUGUCAACCAAAAUAAAAUUGGUUUCCCCUUCGCAUACGGUUGAAGGAUCCUGUACAUCAAGAGCUCUACCAUAGACCACAUUGAGCUGGAGGGAUCUCAAAAUCUCGACGGGGUUGACAACUUCAUGUUGCUCACAAUAUUUUAAAGUUGACUCAACAGCAUCUUCUAAAGAAUGAUUGCUACCAAAUAUACCAUCAACAUUACCUCCAACAUCUUGCCUGCUUUCUUCUGUUUCAUGGUGUGUCACCAUUAUGUUCUCAUCAUUAUCAUCUAUGAUGAUUUCCUCUCUCUGAGAAUGGUCAUUGGCAUUGAAGGAACCUUGCUGUUCUCUUGUUCUUGAAUUGAGGUCAGCCUCUGAAGCAGGAUCACUUCUCACAUGGCUCUCAAUCGGCUCAUAACUAGUACUAGUGCCAGAGUCCUCAUCAGCAUUUCUCACAGGGUUUACACUUAACUCACCACUGUUACCACUGGUACUAUUGCCAGCAUUGUCAUCAGGACUGUCAUUGAUUAAUUUAGUUGAGCAAAGCCAUAUGUGACUUCGCAAAUCUUUAACCAAGAACUCUUGUUGGCAAAGGUUGCACGUUUCUUUAAUAGAAGAAAUAUUGGUAUCUUUACCAACAGGUGUUGUUGAAAGUGAUUGUUGAAUAGGCCUUAGAUAAAUUUUAGCUUGUCCACCGCCUAGGGAAGCUUUGAGGUCGCUUGCUGACCACGAUGAGUUGAUGACAGAUAGAUCCCUGCAGUUGGGCAUGCAUAACAUCAUUUCAAAACCACCAGCAGAACCAACCUCGUACCCAGGGUCUUUACUCGUGGGGAGAAAAGACCCUGGUUGCCGCUGGUCACGUGGCCUAUAAAAAUUGCAUCGCCUCAGGGGGUGUGGAGAAAGUAUCAUAUUACAUGCUUCCACUUGUUAGCUGUCAUUUCUGCUGUCGUCGCCAUGUUGGAAUACAUUGCCUUUUUCUCGUGCUUGGAAUUUGCGGUUUUAAAUAGUUUAUAUAAAAAAAUUACCUUAAAACCAAAGCAAGUUAUCUGUCUUGAGAGUAUUUACUUGCAAAAGGAUGUUAUGUGCGUUUUACCAACGGGAUAUGGAAAAUCUCUGAUCUUCCAUCUUACGCCUGUACUGUUGUUCGCGAAACAUAAAUUGCGCGGUUCUAGUUCGAAAUCGAGUAUUUCAACGGAACAGAUAGAUUCAAUAGUCAUCGUUGUAUCGCCUCUUAAUUCCUUGACGAGUGACCAAAUAUCUCGCUUAAGUACGAGUGGAAUCCGAGCGUCCGUUUUGAAUGUGAAAGAGCCGAGAAGUCGGGAACUUGAUUCUGACGAGGAAUAUAUGAACGAUGAUGUAGAUGUCGAUUUCAGUCUGUGCGAAGAGAACAAUUUACGUGUUGGAGCUUAUAACAUUGUUUUUGCGCAUCCAGAGACUUUGAUUUCCAGUAAAUAUGGACGGGAAUUAUUGCUGAGCAAUAUCUACCAAGAGAAUGUUGUUGCUAUUGUCGUAGACGAGGCUCAUUGUAUAGUGGAAUGGGGGAAAGACUUUAGGAAAGAUUACGGAAAACUGGGAGUAUUAUGUGCAUUGUUCCCAGAUGUCCCAUGUCUUGCCAUGACUGCAACAGCUAAUAGGAUGGACAUGAAGGCUAUUCAGGACUCACUUGGAUUGAAAAAUUGCAUUUCUAUUGUUGCCAAUCCAGAUAGGAAAAAUAUUUUUUACAGUAAAAUAUUUCGAUCUGGACAAGACAUUGAUGCUGUCAAGUCUAUUUUGGAGCCAAUUGCAAUUGGUCUUCUCCAAGAAAAGAAUCAAUAUCCUUUAACAAUUGUGUAUACACCCUUAAAGAUAUGUGGAUUUGCAUAUAAAUUGUUUGAGCAUAUUCUUGGUCCCCAACAGUAUUACCCUCCAGGUGCUAAACCAACCCCAUCAAAUAGGUUGUUUGCUCAGUUCCAUGCACCACAAACUGACCAAAUGAAAGAAGAGAUUUUGAAACAGCUUUGCUCAAAAAGAAGUAUUAUUCGGGUGGUUUUUGCAACUGUUGCCAUUGGAAUGGGUGUGGACAUACCUAAUAUACGUCAGGUGAUUCAUGUUGGACCUCCAUAUUCAGUCAAGGCAUAUUUUCAAGAGACUGGGCGUGCUGGAAGGGAUGGCAAGCCAUCAACAGCUAGCCUAUAUUACAAUAACAGAGAUAUUGGUAAGAAUAGAGUUGAUAUGCAAGACGAUAUGCGUAACUUUUGUUCGACUUAUUGGUAUGCACCAACUCGAGUGUGCUUGAUAUGUAAAUGUAUGAAGCACCCGCAUAGCAGAUAUAUUUACAUAGCAAGCACACUCGAGUUGGUGCAUACCAAUAAGUCACAUGACAGGUAUAUUGAUAUACCUGAUUUGGACAACAUUAAUGACAGCGGCUGUAUAUAUAUAUACAACCUUUUUGACAACAACUGUAUAUACUAA